AAAAUUAUAAUUAAUUAAUUAAUUAUGACUGUUAAAGAUGCCAUAUAUGUUGUCGAGACAGACCUACCAAUCCUGAGGGCGGAUACCUUUCAUACGGCCAACGGUGUCAUUAAUCCGGCCUUUUUGAGCGAACCGGACGACAGCGAGUACGACCAUCGGCAACAUUAUCAUCCGUCUACCGGUACACUAGUCGGUAGUGGUGGUGGUGGUGUGUCCUCAAACACACAGCAAACAAAUAGUCUACAACGUUAUCCACAGCAUCAGCACCGGCAGCAACAGCAGCAGCAGCAGCACAGGUAUCCGCACCACUACCUAACCAAUCCGUUUCAUACAUACCAUAGCCGACAGUCAAGCAAAACAAGUGUCAAAGACUGUACUAACAAUAGUUGCGGACAACCCGGUUGUAGUGCUGGUGGUGUGGGUGUCGGUGGUGUCGACAACUACUAUACUACUACUACUACCCAUAGUCUACACCGUAAUCAUAAUCCUAAUAAUCCUAUUGGUGGUAAUGGAUCGUCAAUAGCCAGCUCCUGGGUAUACGAGUUUAAUAGUGGUUGCGGUGGCGAUAGUAGUAGUAGUAGUAGCCAACAAUCAAGUCCCGGCCAACAAUCAUCGUCUACUGCUUCAACGGCACCGGUAGGUGGCGAAAGCUAUAUGAUGUCGUCAACCGGCCGAGCCGGAGGAGUACAUCAUUCUAACGGUGGUGUUUCACUAGUAGUACCGGUGCCGCCGAUGCAUCGGCCGGCAUAUCACGGCGGUAGCGGUCAUCACUUGACCUAUAAUGAUGGUAUGGAUAUGCCCUACAAUGAUGUACGCAAAAUAGGACAAAACGGUAGUCAAACAUCGGGAACGGGUGGUGGUUGCAGUUGUAUGCGUGUAAUUGUUGUAACAUUGAUACUACUGUCCCUAAUAGGCAUCGCCUUGAGUGUCGGUUUUAUUAUAUAUAUCGAACAAAUUGCUGCCACCAAUGGUGCUGCUGCUGGUAACGGCACCGGUAGCUCAUCAGCAUCAGCACCGGUACUACAGGAUAGAAGUAUAACAGCAUAUACUACUACUACUACUACAAGUCCUACUAAUAAUAACAGAGCCAUUACUACUACUACUACUAACAAAACUAUUGAGAAAGUUAUUAAUAUCCCGACACCGGUUGCAACUACUACUAGUAGUAGUAGUACUAUAGCACCGGUAUCUCAAUCGUUGUCGACAUCAACAAAAUCAUUGGUGAAAACUACUAGAUUUACUAACAAUAAUAGUUCAAUGGAGUCACGUAUGGCCAGUAAUGUCAGCAUUGAUACCGACAUAACAACUACAAGUGCUGCUAAUACUACUACUACUACUACUAGACCAUCAUUUAUUAUUAUGAAUGGUAGCACCGGUAGUAUACCAGUUAAUAACAAUAACGAGUUUAUGAUAACAUUACCGACUAAUGCUACCAGUUUUGAUUAUGAUGCUUACUAUACUAGUACUACAACAACUACCAGUGCCCAAACCAACAACACCAACAAUAUGAUGAUAAAUGAUGGCACAGUAGUCAACAAUCAAUUGCCAAUUACUACUACUACUACUACUACUACACCGAUACCGACAGCAACGACAACUAUAAAUCAAACACUAGUAGCUGCUGUUGUUGUUGGUGUCAUGUCAUCAUCAGCACCAACAACACCAUCACAACAUACCAGUCCUUCUCGUAUGACAUCAACUGUCCAAACAGUAGCCGUCACUACAACUACUACUACUACUACUACUAAUACAACAGAGGCUCCGAUUACUACUACAACUAACAACAUCAACACUACUACCGCUACUACUAGUAGUAGUGGUAGUAGUAAUACUACCGGUGCAGCAGCUAAUAGUGAUGAGACAAUUGGAUGGAUAGUAUCAAACAUCACUACUACUACUACUCCUACUACUAGUAAUACUACUACUGCUGCUGCUGUUAGUCCUACUAACGGUGCCAGCAAUAGUACAACCAUACCUACUACUACUACUACUACUACUCCUAUUCCAACUACUACUACAAUAGCACCGAUAGAUACCAAUACAACCACUAUUGACGACUAUUUAGCCGACUAUAUGUCCGCUACUAAUACUAGUAGUACCAGUAAUAUCGGUAACUUAACAGCCGAUGGGGACAGUAGUGUCCGGGCACUGCAGGAUGAAAGUAUGAGUAUACCAAUCUAA